AGUAAAUUGAGUGCAAGUGUGCAAAAAGUUUGAAUCGAUUGAGUUUUUUAGUGACAAAAUCUAUUUGUUAUGAAUGUUUCAAAACACGUGGCAAUCAAUCGGUGUUUGAUUUGAUUGUGAUUUGCGUUUAAAUUUAGGCAACUUUUGUGUGAAUUGCUUAACAAAUGGACGGUUUAGUCAAACAGUUGGUCUCGUUUUACGCCAAGAACUCGACUCUUGUGGCCGUAAUUGUGGCCAUAAUUGCCGUUUUGAUCACUACUCUAAUUUAUUUCCUGUUUUCGCGUAAAUCGUCGCGAAAUGCCAUCCUUUUGGUCGGUCUCUCAGACGCCGGCAAAACAGUGCUCUUCACACAAUUAAUCACCAAAAAGUUUGUGUCUUCAGUGACUUCGAUGAAAGAGAUGUCAAACACAUUGAAACUGACGUCCAAUAAGAGCAUUGAAUUGAUUGAUUCGCCGGGUUUUGAGCGCUUGAGGAGUAAGUAUUGGGACGACUAUAAGACGCGGGCGAAGGGCGUCCUCUUUGUCAUCGACAGCACAGACUUCGCCAGUAGUGGCAAAGAUGUUGCGGAUCUGCUCUACAAUUAUCUGGCGGACCCAUUGGUGGCCACAAACGCCAUACCAUUCCUCAUCGCCUGCACUAAACAGGACGAGACGAGAGCCAAGUCCUCGAAAGUGCUUCAGAAACAACUCGAAAGAGAAAUUACUGCCAUCCGUGAGACCCGUUCGGGUGCUCUCGGCUCUACCGGUGAUGACGAGACCGGUCGAGCGAUUCUCGGAAAACUAGACAAAGAGUUUUCAUUCAGUGAUAUUAAAAAUACGGUUGAUUUCGUCGACUGUUCUGCCGCUGAAAACAAGACUCAAUUGGAUUCAGUGAUCAAUUGGAUCAAAAGCGUCGCUUAAGAACUGGAUUUUGCACUCAAGCCAUAUAUUAAUCCAUUUAAAUGUACAGUAUUUUUGUCUCAAUUAAUAUAUUGUUAAAAAUUGGUGUUUUAAUAAAUAAAUUUCAACACAUAA